GCGGCCGGCCAGUGUACCCCCGGCGCCCGCCCCCGCGCGCCCUGCGCCUCCAGCCCUCCCUCCCCGCUUUCCAGCCUGCCAGGCCUUUCGCGAACAUGGCGCUUGUCCCGUGCCAGGUGCUGCGGGUGGCGAUCUUGCUGUCCUACUGCUCUAUCCUGUGCAACUACAAGGCCAUCGAAAUGCCCUCGCAUCAGACCUACGGCGGGAGCUGGAAAUUCCUGACGUUCAUUGAUCUGGUCAUCCAGGCUGUCUUUUUUGGUAUUUGCGUGCUGACUGAUCUUUCCAGUCUCCUGACUAGAGGAAGUGGGAACCAAGAACAAGAAAGGCAGCUCAAGAAGCUCAUCUCACUCCGGGACUGGAUGUUAGCUGUCCUGGCCUUUCCUGUUGGGGUUUUCGUGGUAGCGGUCUUCUGGAUCAUUUAUGCCUAUGACAGAGAGAUGAUUUACCCAAAGUUGCUUGAUAAUUUUAUCCCAGGGUGGCUGAAUCACGGAAUGCACACAACAGUUUUGCCCUUUAUAUUAAUCGAGAUGAGGACAUCACACCAUGCGUAUCCCAGCAGGAGCAGUGGACUCGCCGCCAUAUGUACCUUCUCUGUUGGCUAUAUAUUAUGGGUAUGUUGGGUGCAUCAUGUAACUGGGAUGUGGGUGUACCCUUUCCUGGAACACAUUGGCUCAGGAGCCAGAAUCGUCUUCUUUGGGUCUACAACCAUCUUAAUGAACUUCUUGUACCUGCUGGGAGAAGUUCUGAACAGCUAUAUCUGGGAUACACAGAGAAGUAUGGAAGAAGAGAAAGAGAAGCCUAAAUUGGAAUGAGAUCUAAGUCUAAAUGAAAGAGUUGGAUUGAGCCAUCAUUGAAGACUGGUUACCCCCUGGGCAUUGGCAGUGCAGGAGAGGAAGCAUCCAAGAAAGCAGUGGAAUUCACCUCGGCACCUUUAUAGAGAAACAUAUAUAAGGAUAGAAUACAGUUAUAUCCCAAAUAACUUGCCCUCAUUAUGUUUUAAAGAAUUCUUUCCAAAUUCAUUAUUGAUAAUAACAUCUUUUUUUUCCUCUUCUAGUUUUUAAAACUAAAGUUGGUCAUUGGAUUUCACUUUUUGCCAUUGUAAUUCCAUUUAAUUGAGGAAGAAUAAAACCCUAUUGUGUUUCUUGUUAAGAAAUAUGUGAAAGUCAAAGGGGCAGAUGUAGAGCAAGGCAUUCGAGUAUUGAGUCCUGCAGGUGUCUGAGAAAAUGAGCCCAGGCCACAGGGCAAGUCUGAAGGAAAUGUGAUGGAUUGUUCCCUAUUGCAAUAAUGUCACAGUUGCCUCAAACAGGCAAUGUUAGUAAUAAUUACAUCAAUUUAGUCAAAACCCUGAGUGUAUUUGGAUCUCAUGAUUUAAUCUUGUGAAACUUUUCCUAUAUGCAAACUGAAACUUUAAUAAAGACCAAACAACCCCAAUGUGAUAACUGCAUGGCAUAUUAAA